AUGCCCUACACAAACCCCAUCCUCCCGGGCUCAAACCCAGACCCCAGCAUAAUCCGCGUCGGAACCUCCUACUUCCUCGUAACCUCCACAUUCGAAUACACGCCCUCAGCCCCAAUCUACCACAGCAAAGACCUAAUAAAAUGGACACUUAUCACGCACGCAAUUACGCGCCCCUCCCAACUCCAGAUCCAAACACCCGAGCCCGGCGGCGGCGUCUGGGCAACCACAAUCCGUUACCACGAGGCCACGAAGACAUUCUACGUUAUCGCGGCCAGUUUUUCACGGUAUAGACCGCAGGAUGACGAUCGUGUUUGGCCGAGGGGGUUCUACGUCAAGACGGAUUGGGAGGGGAUGUUCGAUGCGUCGGGGGAUAGCUGGAGCGAGAGUGUGGUGCUUGAUGCGGUGGGGUUUGACCAGGAUCUAUUCUUCGACGACGACGGAACCGUCUACCUAAGCAGCACAUACCGCAAGCACGAGCGCACCCCCGUCCCAGCGGGCUCAAAAGCCCUCAAAGACUUCGCGAUCCACAUCUGCACGCUGGACAUCGAGUCCGGAAACGUCACCUCGGCACCGAAGCUAAUCCGCUCUUCGAACUCGGGGUCCGGCGUAUCAGAGGGCUCGCAUAUCUUCAAGCGGGGCAAAUACUACUACCUCUUCACGGCAGAGGGCGGCACAGAGUCCGGACACAGCGAGUGGGUGUGUCGGUCUGAGAGCUCGCCAUUCGGGCCGUGGGAGGUCGGCCCCGUGAACGAGGUAAAUCCGCUCUUUGGAUCCGGCGUCGGGCACGAAGACGAGGUGCAGAAUACGGGCCAUGCGGACUUUGUGCAGGAUGUGGACGGCAACUGGUGGGCUGUUUUUCUUGGUGUGAGGCCUGUGUGGAGGGAUGAGGGGCAGAGGUGGGAGGAGAGUGUUUUUGUGCUGAUAGGCUUCGAUGUCAAAGGCCGGGAAACCUUCCUCGCCCCCGUAACAUGGACCAACGACUGGCCGAUCGUGAACGCCCGACAACGAAUAACCCUAACCGUCGACACGCCACACUUAUACCACCUGCCGUCCGCGGCGCACGUAUGGCGCGACGACUUCACCGGAGAUACACUGCAACUAGGCUGGUACAGGAAGAAUACGCCUCUGAAAAAGGACUACACUCUUCUCGGCUCCGAGCCUUCACCAUCACCUUCGCAGGGAAAAUCCGGCCUCCGCCUCCACGGCGCCCCAUACACGCUAUCCACGCCCUCAUGCCCAACCCUCUUCCUGCGCAAACAGACAGCGCGAAUAUGUACGUGGGAGACGAAACUGCGCUUUAGGCCGGACAGCGUGAAUGUCGAGGCCGGGACGGUCGUGUACCGCGAUUACUAUACGUUCGCGAGCAUUGGGAUCCGGCUGGCAAAAAGCACAGAAACAGAACCUGGGUCUGGGGUUGCGGUUGAGCAGGAGGAAAGGAAGAGAGUCAUUCGGUUCACGACGCACACGCAUAAUACUGGCGUUCCGGGCCAGAUGUGGGGAUGCGUAUCGGUUUGGAUUUUGGGAGGUUCUUGGGAAUGCCGGGGAGGGGGAGGUGCAUUGGGUUGGUGA